AACGAUUCCUUUACUGUAAUCCUUUGGCUUCAGUUGUUUGUCUCCACCUCUUUGUCACAGCUAACCUGUAUAGCUGUUCUGGAGUUAAGAGAGGCCAGACACAGAUGUCAUGGCAGACAAUGAGGAUGCAUUGCGGGCCAUGCAGAACUGUUUCCACAGUCAGUUUAGUGUGGAUGAGGCUGAGUACGAGGACAUUGAGGAAAACAGGAGAACAUCUGUUGAUGAAGACAGUAUCUAUCUUGGCUGCACACUGUCACAAUCCUUCAACCCUGAUUUUCACCACUCACCUGUUAUCAAGAUGGGCUGGCUGCACAAGACUCCGCCUCAGGGGACCCUUGUUUUCCAGAAGCGUUGGGUGAUGUUGGAUGCACAAUACCUUCGAUACUUUCAAAAUGAGAAGGAGGUCUACUCAAAGCGGAUCAUAGCCAUACUGUCUGUCACUAAAGUGCUUAAUGUUGGAGGACAGAAGUUUGAGGUGGUGACAAGGAACAGGACUUUCUUGUUCCGUGCUGAGAACAACACCGUCAGGGAGGAAUGGGUGUCAGUACUGAAAGAGACUAUUCAGCAGCAGUGUAACAGCAUGGAGAAGUCCCUUAUGAACUUCAGUGAUACAUGUGGACAGCGUGCUAGUAGAGUCCCGCUCAUUAGUAAGCAAGGAUACCUGGAGAUGAGUGGACUGCGCUCCAAGCUCUAUGUAGUCAUCUGUGCCGACAGUGUUUUCCUCUAUAGGAACGCUGAGGAGCACAGCCAGGGUGUUGGCAUCACCUCCAUUGAGAUGAAUUUGGGUACUGUGAAGGGCACAGACAAACGGUCCUUCAACCUCACCACCAUCUACAGGACAUUCAGUUUUGUGGCCGAGUCGGAGCAGCAGAGGGAGCAGUGGGUUGAGGCCCUGCAGGCCUGUGUCAGUCACUCUCUGUCCAGCAACGCGGUGGCCCAGAAGAUCUGGUCUGAGGAGGCCAACCAGCGCUGUGCAGAUUGUGGCGCCCCCCACCCAGACUGGGCCUCUGUCAACCUGUGUGUGGUCCUCUGCAAAUGCUGUGCAGGGGUGCACAGGGGCCUGGGCCAGAGUGUGUCCAAAGUCCGCAGUCUGAAGAUGGAUGAAAAUGCGUGGACUGAAAAUCAGCUGUUCCUGUUGCUAGGUAACGACAAAGUAAACCUUUUCUGGGCAGCUAACAUUCCACCAAGUGAGAUGCUCUGUCCAUCAAGUGACAGUGAGGAGCGCCAGCGCUUUGUUACUGCCAAGUACUGCCAGGGGAAAUACCGCUGCUACCAUGCACUGUUUGGCCAACAGGAAGCCCUCAACAAAGCUCUGUGCAACACCAUUCAGACAGGUGAUGUAUUGGAGACUCUGUCGCUGGUGUUCUGUGGAGCAGAUGUGAACUGUUAUACAGGUGAUCCAGAGCUACCCAGCCCUGUGUCCGUGGCCCAGCACUAUGGACAGACACUUCAGGUGGAGUUCCUCACUCACAACCACAACACAGAGCUCCCAGGGUCAAGGACUGGAGAUCACACAAUCUUAGAGGCUGCUCUCCCCAUCUCACACACUGGUUAUCUGUUCAAGACUGCCUCCUCAACACGAGCCGUUACAGAGCGCAAAUCUAAAGGAGAUUUUAGUCGUCGCUGGUGCUCUUUGAACCAAGGUAACUUCAGCUACUAUGAGAGUGAGAAGAGCUCCAGCCAGAGUGGACAGAUGAAGAUGAGUGAUGUCCUUUGUCUGGUGGUCAAUCCCCAAGGGAAACAUGGUUAUGGUCAUUCCUUUGAGCUGUACCAUGACUCUGGGAGAGUCUACCUGUUUGGAGAGGAUUCCCCUGACACGGUGAGGGAGUGGAUCAAGGUCAUUGUCAAGGCCCUGGUCCCCCCUGUAGCAGAGGACCUGGUGGGCUGGUCCUUUGAGCGGGUGGGCCGGCUGCACUACACUGUGGGCCAGAGCUUCCAUUGUCCUUGCCUGGGCUGGUUCUCCCUGGGGGGCUCCAGACUGCUCCUCCUCCUCCACGGAGAAGACCAAGUGGAUAACAUCGACCUGCGAAAACUACAGGAGCUCUCCGUGGAGCAAGAAGCUGCUGCUGUGGUGCUGGUGGACAGAGGCAGGAGGCUGCGUUUGGAGGGGGACAGGAGGCCUGACUACCAGGGCUGGCUGAGUGGCAUCCAGCAGGGCUUAGGGAGAGGAGACGGCCCCCUGGACCAGCAGCAGCUUACUGAGACAGAAGUCCCUGUCAUCGUGGACCGCUGCAUUAGCUACAUCACACAACAUGGUUUGAAGUCAGAGGGCAUCUAUCGGAGGUGUGGUGUGAACUCUAAGAUUGCCGCCCUGCUGCUCUCUCUCCGCCAUGACGCCCGUCAGGUUCGUCUGAGUGAAGGGGUGUGCCAGGUGGAUAAUGUGGCCAACGUCCUGAAGAGAUUCCUCAGGGAAGUGGGAGAGGGGGUUUUCAAUGGCCAUCAGGCCUCUCUGCCAUGGCUCCAUACCACUACUGUCAGUGAGGGAAGAGAGAGAGUGUCCCAGUACAAGGCCCUCCUCCACAGCCUCCCCCCAGUCAACAGAGCCACUCUGGGGGCUGUCAUCAACCACCUCUACUGCGUUCAGUGCUUUGCAGAUGAGAAUCAGAUGAACAUGCACAACCUGGCCAUUGUGUUUGGUCCCACGCUCUUCCAGACGGACGGCACUGAUAACAGCGCAGGACAGGUGGUAGAGGAGCUCAUCCAGAACUACCAGGAUAUCUUCAAUGUGAAUGCUGAGCAGCUUCAGAGGCAGCUGGACAUGAUCUCUCAUGUCAUCAAAGCACAGGAGGAACACGCCGAGGAGGGGACCCCCUCACCUCUCACCAUCUGUGGGAUUUACCUGGAGAGGAAGGAGGAGGGCUCUGAGCUGCUGGUUCAGAUCUCCCAGGCAGUGAGUGCUGAGGAGCUAGUGUGUGAGGUCCUGAGACGCGGGAACAUCCCUCCACAGCAGGGGGACUAUUGGAGCUGCUUCCUGGUCAACGACAACCAGGAGAUGGAGCGUCCAUUGCACUACCAGGAACGAGCGCUGGCCAUCUAUUUCUCUCUGGGUAAAGACUGUCACCUGGUGGUCAAGCGGAACUGCUACAUGGAGGCCAUGUUAAUCUGCAUAGCUGCCAUGGUAGACGUGUCCAGAAACAGCAUGAUUAAGUUCAGUGAUGAGAAGGGUCAGAGGGGGAAGAGAACCUUCAGCAGACGCCUCUGUGUACUCGAUGGCACCUCUCUCAGGCUCUACAAAGAAGUAAAGAGUACUCAGCCUGAGAGGGAAUGUCAAGUCCAUGCUCUGAAAGUCUACUAUGGCAUCAAGAAGAGGCUACAGCCACCAUCAUGCUGGGGGAUGACUGUAGUGUGUGAGCAGGCAGAACGAGACAAACAGCAGUGGUACCUGUGCUGUGAAUCAAAGAACGAAUUGAUCAAGUGGCUGGCCACUUUUAUGAACCUCCAGCACAAUAGUGACCUGUGUCCUGCAGCUUCCAGGCCAGAUUCCUGAUCUAAGGCAGAAGGGGAAAUAACCUAAUCCUGGUUUUCCAUCACAGAAGUAUCUUCCAGAUACUUUUUCGCAUCUUCAAUUCUUCUCAAAAAUAUUUUUGAACGUGUUAUUUUAAGUUAAUAACCACAAAUAAUGUCUUUCUCUGUUAUAAUGGUUGAUUUGACCCUAUUUCUAACCCACAGCUACAGUAUAGCCCUCACACACACUCAUUAUACCUAGCAAGAGCAGAGACAGUUUCAUUCUACAGUAUAGCCCUCACCCACACCCAUUAUACCCAACAAGAGCAGAGACAGUUUCAUUCUACAGUAUAUUGAAAUGAAAACAUACAGACCUUAGGGUAAUAGUAGGGGAAGCAGUAUAGAACUACACUACAACAACAACAAACUCAAACAAUAUUAGAGGCACGUGAGAAAAAUAAUCUAAAUGUCAUGUUGACUUUGAAGCUCCUUUGAUUGGGACAUAAUGACAAGGUUGGAGAGCUGCAGUCGUAAAACCAUCUAAGUUUAGACACCGAGCAUUCUGUUCAUGUCAUUAUGGUAACAGUGGUGGUCAGUAAUUAUUGGAGAGCAGGAUUUCAACCCUGUCAUUACUCAAGACCACAGCUUGUUGCAUUACAGUGAUGCGCAGUUUAUCACUUUUAUUAAUGGACUAAUCCUUUAACAGUACCUUAACAUAAAAAAUGAAUCUGAGGGAAGGUUAGCUAGAGCAGGGAAAGAAGACUGAGCAGGGAAAGAAGACUGAUCUUGUUGCUGUUAUCCAGUGCCUGGCUGGUCAAAGCCCAAGAGGUUUCUCUCUCUAGGCUGAUUAUGAAUUGGUAUCUGAAAACCUUAUUGUGAUUAAGCAAUGUUGAUAUCAUUGUAUGUCAUUCAACAUUUAAACUGUGUCUUUUGAAUACAAUGUGUAUAGUUUUUAUAUUUCUUAAAAUCAUUAUCCUACCAUUCCUUUGAUGUCUGAAGUCAGGAUGCUUUGGCACUUCAAACCUGCUCGACUUGUUUGGUUGAUUUUUCUAUUGUGUUAUUGACUGUACGUUUGUUUAUUCCAUGUGUAACUCUGUUGUUUUUGUCGCACUUAUUUGCUUUAUCUUGGCCAGGUUGCAAUUGUAAAUGAGAACUUGUUCUCAACUGGCCUACCUGGUGAAAUAAUAAAAAGCCAAAGCAUUGACGAUUUAAUAUAUCCAGUCCUACUGUAGAAGAUGCUCAGAAAUAAAAGGGCUGUCAGAUAGUUUUUGAGGAUUUCUCCUUCAGAGCUGUAUCACCAUAGAAACACAAAAUUAGAUUAUUGGCACACCCGAGAUCUCUGUUGGCAAAUUGUUUGUUUUAGCCUUUGAUAUGUCUAUGUGUGGAAAUAUGGCUUGCCUAAAACACUGUACUAGAUAGUCAUUAUAAUAUUAUUCUCCUAGGUUAUAUUGUAAUGUUAAUGUACCUUAAAGGGUUUAAGACUGGAUCUCUGGCAUGUUGCCCCCCCCCACCACCACCACCACCACCACCACCAUUCUCAAUCACCCAUAAAGUUUUAUUGGUGCUCUUGUGGGGCUAAGUGCCUCUCGCUCAGUAAAAGGGCUUUCUAAUAUCCUUUUAUUUUUCAGCUGUAUGUCGUUAGACAUGAGGCUGUGUGGGUAAUGGCUUUACAUUAGGAACUCAGGGCUGGUGAAGUGGCUCAGUCACCCCUGGUAACAACCAUGCACUCCCAUUCACCCCCAGUUCUUACAUCACCACCCCCAUUAAGCUUCAACGUUACCAUAACCUGCACAUACUUGACACACAAAUGCUACGUUCAUUAUGGAAUCUUAGAUUUUAGAGCAACUUUUCUCACUUCCUCAUCCUGCAGACAUGUAGAUCUUGCUGACUGGUCUGUCAUUUAAUUACCUGACAUUGAUUUAAAAAUGUCAAUGUUUAAUAGAAGCCCCGCAUGCCAAUUGCAGGUCCAAAAUGUUUUAGAAUAACUUUUUCAGUGGUCAUUCAUGGGGCUAGAUUAGAAACCAAGAAGGAAUAUAUUUCUCUGGUGGUGUUCUGGUGUCAUGAAUCUUUAAAGGCUAUCUGAAGGACAAAAUACGAGUGAGGUGUUUACCUAAUGACAUGCUAACCAUUUCCGUUACAAUACUGACAUAUUCCACUCAGUUUCCACUCAUAACAACGUACUGUCCAGAAUAGAGAGACAGUUAAAUGUAAUACUGGUAGAUGAAGAAAAACAUUUAUAAAAUGUUUUCUUAGCUUUAAUAAUAAUUUGUAUUGCUUGUCUAAAUCUCAUGUUUGGUCAUGUCAAUAAAUUGCUUAUUGCUCAAGUGAA